AUGGAGCGCAUUCCCUCUUGCAACACCAAAACACCAACCAUUCUCCAUGCGAAGCUGGGUCACUCUCACAUCGACUCCAUCGUCUCAACGGAGGUGAACGCCAAGAUGACGUUCCGGUCGUUGCUCAACCCCGUGCUGGGUCCCGAGCGCCGGCAGCCGGAUCGAAUCCCGACGGAUGCCGUGUUCCAGCUCUCUGCGAUGGAUAGCUCGUGGAUGAUGCGCAUGAUGGUCAUGAGCUGGUCCAUGUGCUUUCACGAUGUCCUUAAUGCGGACAAGCUUCAUGACUCCCUCACGGAACUUCUAGAUAUCGGGCAUUGGAAGAAACUUGGCGGCAGACCCAGAUUGACAAAAGACGGCAAAAUAGAGCUACAUAUUCCCGAAGCAUUCACUCCUUCUCGACCAGCAGUUCACUUCACGACGGAACCGAAUCCUUCGAGCGUGAAGUUCCAUCCGCUAGCUUCCACCAUGCCUUCGUACUUUACCUCAACUACCUUGACACCAAGGAUCAUAGACACCCCGGAGAAUCUGCAUUCCAUCCUUGCCGGCCCUGAAGCUCCCACAUCAUUCGACGAUUACAACUUCACAGACCGACCCGCGUUAUCGCUUCACGUCAUCACCUUCACCGACGCCACGUUCGUUACGAUAACGUACCCGCACAGCAUCACGGAUGGCAUGGGGCGGCGCGAGCUAGUAGAGAACUGGUGCCGAGUCUUAGCAGGUCGCAGAGCGGAAGUCACGCCGAUGGCGUUUCCUACCCUGGACCCCAUGGCCAAGGUCGCCAAAGCACAGCCGCCUCGCUAUGAUGAACCUUUUGCCUGGGAGCACAAACGUCUCCGUGGCUGGGGCGUUGUUCGCUUCACUUUUGGUAUCUUGUGGUAUUUGAUCAGGAAUCGCAUACGACAACGGAACCUGUUCAUCCCGGCUUCUUACCUAGCGACGCUGCGGAAACGAGCCCAAGAUGACUUGGAAACUGACGGAAAUCAGACUGAGCGCUUGAGCGAUGGCGACAUCUUGACCGCAUGGCUGUCCCGGCUUGCCUGUUUGCAUGUCUCCAAGAGCGAUGCCGAAAAGCCGAUAUCCGUUUCGUCAGCCCUUGAUCUCAGAGGUCGUCUGCACGAAAAUGAUAUGCCAACAGACUACGCAUACGUAUCGAACGUCGUCGCAUACAACUGGACGAGCACGAAUGCUCAGGAGCUUCUCCAUGGAGCUUUCGGAAAAGCUGUCGCCCUCAUUCGGAACUCGGUCAGAUCUCAGCUCACCGACGCUCAAGUCUACGCUUCGACUCGCUUGACAUACAACGCUGUUGCAGAGAGCGGAAGUACGAACCAGUUCACAGAACCCAACGGCUUCGUUGUCUCAGUAUCCAACGUCUCCAAGGCGAGAUUCCAUGAAGUCAUCGACUUCAGCCCAGCUAUCAAGGAUGGAGGAAGCGAUGAGAUUAGGACUACGCCGAAGGGGAAGAUUGUGUGGCAGUGUAAUACCCCACGUAUGAAGAUGCACCCCCCGUGUUUGAUUUACAUCCAGGGGAAAGAUUAUUCUGGGAACUACUUGGCGCAGAUGCUUGUGUCUGAGAAGACUUGGCGACUGAUUGAGCAAGAAAUUCAGUCGUCGACGUGA